AAGGAAGUGUGUUCCGUCGCCGAAGCCCCGUGCUACCGGGUCGGACGGGGAGACCCUUCCCGGGGGUGAAGUGAAAUGGGGAGUUUUCAUCCGUAGAGGAGGUGGCAGACAGCUCGCCUGGGUUCACUUCUCAUAUUUAGCGAUAGGGCCCUUUCCUCGGCCCCAUUUCCCCGCCUCCCAAAGGCCCUACUCAGGGGAAUAGGGCUCGAGUUCUUCUGACCUUCCCGGCGCUCGGUCGCCAGGGAAGUUUGGAGCAGCGGCCCUGCCCCGCCGGUCCUCCCGCGACCUUCGGGCAGCGCGUGCUGUCAUGGUGACGCUGCUGCGCGGGACCCUGCGUCCCCUCCGUCUGUUCCAAGCUCUCCCUGGCCCUGCUGCAGAUGUGCCGCUCCGAGCUGCGAGCCAGGGCACCGGCCUGCUCUACCCCGAACACAUCCCCACGUCCCUGCUGCAGAAGGUGCUGUUGACCGCCGGCUCUGCGGGCAUGGCCCUCUACAACCCGUAUCGCCACGACAUGGUUGCAGUUCUAGGGGAAACCACAGGGUGCCGUGCCCUGAGGGUCCUCAGGGACCAGAUGAAGAGGGACCCAGAGGGUGCCCAGAUCCUGCAGGAGCGUCCCCGGAUCUCUCUGUCUACCCUUGACCUGGACAAGCUCCAGAGCCUGCCUGAGGGCUCCCUCGGCCGCGAGUAUCUUCGUUUCCUGGAUGUGAAUAGGGUCUCCCCAGAUACCCGGGCACCCACCCGAUUCGUGGACGAUGAGGAGCUAGCGUACGUGAUCCAGCGGUACCGGGAGGUGCACGACAUGCUCCACACCUUGCUGGGGAUGCCCACCAACAUCCUGGGGGAGAUCGUGGUGAAGUGGUUUGAGGCUGUCCAGACCGGCUUGCCCAUGUGCAUCCUGGGCGCACUCUUUGGACCAAUCCGACUCAGUGCCCAGCACCUGCAAGUGCUGGUCUCAGAGCUGGUCCCGUGGGCAGUUCAGAACGGGCGCAGGGCCCCGUGUGUCCUCAAUCUGUACUACGAGCGGCGCUGGGAGCAGCCCCUGAAGGCUCUGCGGGAGGAGUUGGGCAUCACGGACCCCCCCAUGCACAUCAAGGCCUAGGCCCUCCUCACCCUCACCCCACCCACUUCCCCUGGAGGCAGAAGGCUCCAUGGCCACUACCUUUGUUCCUUUUCUUUGAACAUUGACCUUUGGAUAUUACUUAUCAGAAUUUGUCGUAACAGUGCUGAGUGGCUCUGAGGGCCAACCCAGGCGGGAGCAGGCAGUGCAGCUCCCAGGGGAGCCUGGAGCUGCCCAGAGAACCACACGUGGACAGGAACCAGCCAUCUGGACUCGCACCGGUCCACACCUGCUCUAGACCCUCCCUGCCAGCCAGGGCUUUCUGGGUGCCAGGCUGGGCGUCUUCCCAGGAGUGAGGAUGCGACCCAAUCCCAAAGGCCGGAGAAGAGGGAGGCAGAGGGGAAGGGAGUCUCCACUGUCCGAACAAAGGCUCCCUCAGGUCGAGGGCCUGCUUCCCUUCGCCCAGUGCUGGCUGACUGGCAGCCUUGGGCCUUUGAGCCCCAAGAGGAAACACCCCCUCCAGUCUGCGCUUCAGCCGCUUGGCCCACCUCGGGCCUGAAGUUGGCCCAACAGAUUCAAGCUCCUAACCCCUCUAGGGUUUUCUAGCAGAGGGCCUGGGGCAAUCCCUCCCCUCGGCCCAUUUCAUCGCUAAAGGGAGUAAGAACAGCACCUCUGGUUAUUGCGGAGGCUUCACGCGGUGAUGCUCUCUGAAGGACCAAGGGGCAGGAGCGAUUGCGUUACUGUGUGCGCAGGUGGAGGAGCAGCUGCGAGACUACAGUUUCAUCUUAGAGCAGCAACCAGGCAUUUUCCUUGGGUCAGAGCCAAGGAGUGGGGACAGACAAGUAAAAGGGAUCGUGGCAGAGCAUGUGGCCCUGGCUGUGGAUUUAGAACCAGAUACUCUGCGAGAACGCAGAGCCUUUAGAGUUUUGAGGGACUGGUUCCUCGUUGUGUGGCGAGGGCAACAAAGGCCCAGGAUGGGCAAGGACUUGGCUGGAGUAGCUAGAACACAGGUUGCAAGGCCUCCUGCUUGGUUUUCUUGUGCCUCAGUUUCCCUACGGAUGAUAACAAUUACAGUGUAGUUAUAACUGUACUGUGUGCUAAGCAGUGCCAAACACUUCUGUUUAUUAUCACAUUGACACCAACAGUCAUGGGGGGAGGUGGUACUAUUUAUUGAACAGAGCUGGGGCUGGACCUGGGGGUUGUUGGAAGACCUGCUCAGCACUGCCAUGCCCGUGUGUCGGCCUUGUGCCCGCACAUCCUGGUCUAGGGCUCCCAGUGGCAGAGGGAGGACGUGGGAGGCUGGAGGCUGACCUCGGAGCCAUCGCCUUUUCAAGAGGGAAGCCUUUUCCUGAGCUGAGUUUCUGCAGAAAGAGGAGGAGGUUGGAGUGGGCUCCUCAUACCUCAUCGAUCUUUGCAGUAUAGGCCUUUCCAGACCUGCCCGCCAUUUCCAUGGCUUCCCAGGAUCCCAGGCACUGUUCCUAGAGCAGUAAAAGUCAACAGUGCCAAGAUCAGGGGCGAAAGGUCAGACUCGAGAUGGCCUCUGCCCAGCCUGGUAGCUCACCUGCUCCAGCCUCUUGGUGCCUGCACAACCCUGGGCCUCUACAGCACGCAAGAGAUGGGCGCUGGGUAUCGGGAUUAGCGGGGGUGGCCGGUAGAGUCCUGCUUCCAGAUCAAGGGGUGGCAUUUUUGUCACCAGCUGGAGGAAAAUUAUACUGGCUAUAGCUACCGCAUACUGAGUUCUUACCGCAGGCCACGAGGCCCUGUCAACUUCUGCCUAGAAACUUACAUUCAUCUUAAUAAACCAUGUUGACCUUU